GGGUCUGGAAGGGCAUUAUGAGAUUACCUCGACUGAGGGGGACUCGAUCCGGAAAGAGCUCCCUGUUUCCCCUCCGCACAUCUCCCUCUUGUCGGCAUCCCUGGCCUGGGGUGGGGCGUCUCCCAUCCCCUCAUUUCUACCCCCUCUACCCCGGGUGGAUAUCGCGCCUUCUAGUGUCCGAGCCUAGGUGGGGUUAGAAGGUGGUUUAAUCCUUUGAGGUCUGUCUGGCCUGAACGGUGGUUUGGGGUUAGGAAAACCUGAGUUCAAGUACUGCCUUGUGACCCUCAGCCAGUCAUUGGCCUUACCGGCCUCAAGUUGUCCUCGUCAAGAUGGCACCGUAGUUACUUAACUCCCCCCCCCCCCCCAACGUGCUUGAGGGUAUCGUAGAUCAUAGGAGAUGUUAGUCAACAAACAUGAAGCGCCUACUACGUAGUCGUAUACUACCUUCAUUUCUGUCGUGACUGAGCCUUAGAGACCCCAUUUCGGGCAGCUCAUUUUACAAAUGAGGAAACCGAGGCCCAGGGUCACAGCUAGUAAAAAGACUAACAGGAAGGUAUGGCAGUAUAUCAGCAAAAUCUAACUCCAGAUGAUAUUCAAGAUAAAGAAUAUAUUGUGGAUAGAAAAGAUAAAAUUAUUGAAGAAUGUGAAGAAUUAUGGAAACAGAUGGAAAAAUAUCAGCAGGAGAUAGCACUUGCUGGAGGUGAAAGACUUAACCGUUCUGAUGGUGAGCUAACAUUAUUAACAAUGCGAUUAAAGAGUCUAUCAGCAGAAUGCAAUCAAUGGCUGGAAAGAACUCCUGACAUAAUCCCACUGAAUCCAGAAAAUCUGGUAGUACUAGGAAAAGAGGAGUUGCAAAAAUUAGACCAUGAUCUUGGAGCAUUGCUGUCCAUGGUUCAGGCAAAGAAUGAGCAACUACAGGAAGACUUAAGAAGAGAACAAGGAUGGUUGGAUGAGCAAGAACAGCUAGUAGCAGCUCUCAGUGAAAUAUGUAAGAAACUAAAAAAUCAAGCGAUACCAAUUUCUGAGAAAAGAAUUUUUCUUGAACUGAAAAUGAAAAUGACUAAAAUAAGAAGACAUAGAGAGAAACUCUUGACCUCUUUGGGUGAGUUUCUAGAUAAGCAUUUUCCUCUCCCUGAAGAAAAUGAAAAUAAGAAGAGAAAAAGAGAGUGUCAGCCAAAUGCACGACUAAUGACAAUGCAUGAAAUUCUAGAGCUUCUUAUAAAUAGCCUACUUCAUUCUCCACAUGAUCCAUAUGUAAAAAUUAAUGACUCCUUUUGGCCACCUUAUAUUGAACUGCUGCUGCGUAGUGGAAUUGCAUUUAGACAUCAAGAUGAUCCAAGCCGAAUACGAUUAGAAGCAUUUCAUCGGUAAAAAUGAUGUAUGUACUUUCUUAGAUUUGGUACCCAAACAUUAAAGGAAGUCCAGGUAUACAUUUGGAUGAUGAACAUUGUUUCCACCAAAGUUUAAUCUUUCAUUUUUUACUGAUUUUCCAAUUACAUAUUCCUUUCUCAUUUAGUCAGUGUUGGAAUAUUGCAAAAUAUUUUUAUGGCACCUUUUCUUUAGCAUUUUGUUUCAUACAAAGCUUAACUUGGAUGCUUUAGAGAAUUGUAAUUCAGGUGAUGAAUUAGACACUUUUGUUAUAACAAGGCAUAGAAGUUGUGUUGAUGUUGUAGUUUAAAAGUUAAUAGAUUUUGAAAAAAGUAAACUAAAAUUAUUUUCAUUUUUAACAAUUUAUAUGUAAAGUUAUUGAAAAUUAAAAUAUUAAAGACUGGAUAAAGUGAUUAGAUAAUGUAUAAUAAGAACGUAUAUUUAAAUGCUAAAUUAUAUUGGAAAUUAAACUUUGUGAUUGUCUUUAUUGAAAAUUUCAUCCAUAUGAUCAUACUUAAAAGUAAUCAGUGAAUUAUAUAACUCCAGAAAUUAGGUCUUCAGAAUAUUUUUAGAAACUUUUACAUUUUUUUCUCCCUUGUACCUUUCCUCCCCCAUACUGGGAAAAAAAAGAAAACCAAAACUCUUGUGACAAAUAUGCAAAUCCCAUAUUAGUCCUCUCAAAGAAUGUUUGCAUCAUUCAGUGUCUUGAUUUCAUCACCUCUUUGUCAGGAGGUGGGCUAAAUAUGCUUUGGAAUUGUGGCACAUCAUUGAGUUAAUCAUAAUUCUCAAGUUUUUCAAAGUUAUUUUUCUCAGCAAUGUUGUUGUUGUUUUAAAAAAUGAUUCUUCUGCUAAGUCAUUCCCCAAUUGAGAAAUGGUCAAAGGAUAUGAACAGGCAGUUU